UUGCUAGCGAGCAGCGGAGGGAUGUGAUGAAGCUGGUGCGGGCGGCGGAUUCAGCAAGGUUAGAGCCACACGUCUUUGCUGGAAGGACUGGCAGCGUGUCUGACCGUGACACGCUCACCCGGUGCAGGCGGCCGUAAGCUCGCCCCACCUCCCCAGACUCAGACAGCGAGCAAGCCCUGGAGCUCGGCUUCGUUCUAGAAAUUUCCUCCUUCUUCCCGGCUGAGUCUUCACCGUGGAUGCUACGGCGCUGCUGCUGCUGUUUUUAAGGAUCCAGGUGGCUCGGUGCUCGCUAGCGCGACUCACGCUCGGAUCUGCCCGGACAUGGCGAGCGAUAAGCCGGGCUCAGUGCUGCUGCCCGCCGGCCUGCCCAUCCGCAGCAUGAGGACCAAAUUCGCCGUGCUGGUCGGUCUCAUCCAGGCAGGAGAGGUCACGGAUAGGGACAUCGCCGAGACUGUGCUCAACCUGUUGGUGGGCGGCGAGUUUGACCUGGAGACGAACUUCAUCAUCCAGGAUGCGGAGAGCAUCGUGUGCAUGGUGGAUCUGCUGGAGCACUGCCAGGUGACGUGCCAGGCGGAAAUCUGGAGCAUGUUCACGGCCAUCCUGCGCAAGAGCGUGCGCAACCUGCAGACCAGCACGGAGGUGGGGCUCAUCCAGCUGGUGCUGCUCAAGAUGAGCUCUGUUGACGACAUGAUCGCAGAUCUGCUGGUGGACAUGCUAGGAGUGCUUGCCAGUUAUAGUAUCACAGUGAAGGAGCUGAAGCUGCUCUUCAGCAUGCUGAGAGGAGAAGGAGGAUUGUGGCCCAAGCAUGCAGUAAAGCUGCUGGCUGUGCUGAAUCAGAUGCCACAGAGACAUGGGCCGGACGCUUUCUUCAACUUCCCCGGCCGGAGUGCUGCUGCGAUUGCUUUACCUCCCAUUGCCAAGUGGCCUUAUCAGAAUGGCUUCAGUCUCAACACCUGGUUCCGCAUGGAUCCCCUCAACAACAUCAACGUAGACAAGGACAAACCCUAUCUAUACUGCUUCCGCACCAGUAAAGGUGUUGGCUACUCGGCUCAUUUUGUGGGGAGCUGCUUGAUCGUGACUUCGCUCAAGUCCAAAGGCAAAGGCUUCCAGCACUGCGUGAAGUACGACUUCCAGCCUCGCAAAUGGUACAUGAUCAGCAUCGUGCACAUCUACAACCGCUGGAGAAACAGUGAGAUUCGCUGCUACGUCAACGGUCAGCUGGUGUCGUAUGGCGACAUGGCCUGGCAUGUCAACACCAACGACAGCUAUGACAAAUGUUUCCUCGGCUCGUCUGAGACAGCGGACGCUAACCGAGUGUUCUGCGGACAGCUUGGUGCCAUCUAUGUGUUCAGUGAAGCUUUGAACCCUGCACAGAUCUUCGCCAUCCAUCAGCUGGGGCCUAGCUAUAAGAGCACCUUUAAGUUUAAGUCAGAGAGUGACAUCCAUCUGGCUGAGCACCAUAAGCAGGUGUUGUAUGAUGGGAAGUUGGCCAGCAGUAUCUGUUUCACCUACAACGCCAAAGCCACGGACGCCCAGCUGUGUCUGGAAUCAUCGCCUAGAGAGAAUCCCUCCAUCUUUGUCCACUCGCCACACGCCCUCAUGCUGCAGGAUGUGAAGGCCAUCGUGACCCACUCCAUCCACAGCGCCAUCCAUUCUAUUGGGGGCAUCCAGGUGCUCUUCCCUCUCUUCGCUCAGCUCGACUUCCACCAGCACAAUGAGAGCCAGGUGGAGACCACUGUUUGUGCGACUCUCCUGGCCUUCCUCGUGGAGCUGCUGAAGAGCUCUGUGGCAAUGCAGGAGCAGAUGCUGGGAGGGAAGGGCUUCCUGGUGAUCGGGUACCUGCUGGAAAAGUCAUCGCGGGUGCACAUCACCAGAGCCGUGCUGGAGCAGUUCCUAUCUUUUGCAAAGUACCUGGACGGCCUGAGUCAUGGCGCUCCUCUCCUCAAGCAGCUGUGUGACCACAUCCUGUUCAAUGCGGCCAUCUGGAUCCACACCCCAGCCAAGGUACAGUUGUCAUUGUACACUUACCUGUCAGCAGAAUUCAUUGGCACGGCGACCAUCUACAACACCAUCCGGCGUGUGGGAACGGUGCUGCAGCUCAUGCACACGCUGAAGUACUAUUACUGGGCGGUUAACCCAGCACCCUGCAGCUCAAUCACCCCCAGAGGCCUGGACGGCCCUCGGCCUUCCCAAAAAGAGAUCAUCUCGCUGAGGGCCUUCAUGCUGCUCUUUCUCAAACAGCUCAUUCUCAAGGAUCGAGGUGUUAAGGAGGACGAGCUUCAGAGCAUUCAGAACUACUUGCUGACCAUGCAUGAGGACGAGAACCUCCACGAUGUCCUUCAGCUGCUGGUAGCGCUGAUGUCUGAGCAUCCAGCCUCCAUGAUUCCCGCCUUCGACCAGAGAAACGGCAUCCGAGUGGUCUACAAACUGCUGGCUUCCAAGAGCGAAAGCAUUCGAGUGCAGGCAUUGAAGGUGUUGGGCUACUUCCUCAAGCACUUGGGCCACAAGAGAAAGGUGGAAAUCAUGCACACACACAGCCUCUUCACACUUCUGGGCGAGAGGCUAAUGCUGCACACCAGUACAGUGUCAGUGACGACGUACAACACGCUCUAUGAGAUCCUGACAGAACAGGUGUGCACACAGGUUGUUCACAAGCCUCACCCUGAACCCGACUCUACUGUGAAGAUUCAAAAUCCCAUGAUCCUAAAGGUGGUGGCCACUCUGCUGAAGAACUCCACGCCCAGCGCCGAGCUGAUGGAGGUGCGCCGUCUCUUUCUCUCCGACAUGAUCAAGCUCUUCAGCAACAGCCGAGAGAACAGACGGUGUCUUCUCCAGUGCUCUGUGUGGCAGGACUGGAUGUUCUCGCUUGGCUACAUUAACCCCAAAAACUCAGAAGAGCAGAAGAUCACUGAGAUGGUCUACAACAUCUUCCGCAUCCUGCUGUACCAUGCCAUCAAGCACGAGUGGGGCGGCUGGCGGGUUUGGGUGGACACUCUCUCCAUUGCUCACUCUAAAGUGACAUAUGAAGCCCAUAAGGAAUAUUUAGCCAAGAUGUAUGAGGAGUACCAACGUCAGGAGGAGGAGAACAUCAAGAAGGGUAAAAAAGGACUGGUCAGCACCAUCUCUGGUCUUUCUGCACAGGCCUCUACCAUCAAGGGCACUCUAGAGCUAGACGACAAUUCUCAAACCCAGACUCCUGAGAGUGAAGCAGAUGAUCCUGAGACUACAGAACCAGGACGGAACCUUCUGGCUGAGGCCAAAGGACCUGAAGUGGAGAACCCAGUCUCCGGGGUGCGGGUUGAAGUCCAUGACCUACUGGUAGACAUCAAGGCUGAGAAGGUUGAAGCUACGGAGGUCAAGCUGGAUGACAUGGAUCUUUCUCUGGAGACUCUAGGAGUGACAGACAAUGGAAGCCUGGUGGAGGUCGACUCCCUGUUGGACAAUGUCUACUCUGCUGCUGUGGAGCAGCUCAACAACAAUGUGAAUGAUGUUUUGGUGCCCAAAACAAGCCUGGAGGACAAAAACACCGGCCCUUUGAUCACAUUGGCUGAAGAAAAAGAUGCCGUGCCCAGCAGUAGCACCUUUCUUUUUGCUCCUGUGGGCACCAGUGCAGCUGAGAAUUUGUUACCUGAGAUAACACCUUCUGAGCCUUUGCCCCUUCCAGGUGGACAGCCCCAGGUCCACACCAGCACCAGUGACCUGGGCUUGUUGGCCCACAUGACUGGCGGAUCAGAUGCAGCCUCCAGCUCUGUAGCUCUAGAGGACUGCUUCAAGAUCCAACCCAGUCUGGGGGCUUUUGGCUCCUCCUGUCAGACAGAAAGUUCUUCCAAAAACCCUGAGCAGGCUGAGGCAGAAGCUUCUGGAGGGAAAAAUAGCAUAGAUGCCACCAGCACCAACUCAGACACGGAAAGGGCUGAUGAUAGCAAGGAAAAAGAGAUCAAGAAGAUCCAGACCACUGCCACCACACAGGGUGUUCACGGGCGAGCAGGUGUUCACAUGGACAGGGACGUGCGAGUGGACCUGGGAUUCAGGGCCAUGCCCAUGACGGAAGAGCAGCGGCGCCAGUUCAGCCCCGGACCCCGCACCACCAUGUUCCGCAUCCCAGAAUUCAAAUGGUCUCCCAUGCACCAGCGCUUACUCACAGACCUGCUCUUUGCCUUGGAGGCAGACGUCCAUGUGUGGAGAAGCCACUCCACCAAGUCAGUCAUGGAUUUUGUGAACAGCAAUGAAAACAUCAUCUUUGUGCACAACACUAUACACCUCAUCUCUCAGAUGGUGGACAACAUCAUCAUCGCUUGUGGAGGAAUACUGCCUCUGCUCUCUGCUGCUACCUCACCUUCUAGCACCAAGUCUGAGCUGGAAGGGAUUGAGGUGACCCAAGGCAUGUCCUCUGACAUGGCGGUGACUUUCCUGUCUCGACUCAUGUCCAUGGUGGAUGUGCUGGUGUUCGCCAGCUCCCUCAACUUCAGCGAGAUUGAGGCUGAGAAGAACAUGUCAUCUGGAGGACUAAUGCGCCAGUGCCUCAGACUUGUGUGUUGCGUUGCUGUGCGGAGUUGUUUGGAGUGCAGACAGCGUCAGAGAGACAGGGGAUUUAAAUCUUCUCUGUCCAGCAUGAAGCCUCAGGAGAGCACAGGGGUGACCAGCAAGACUUCUAUAGACAAUUUCCCUGGUAACCUUUCCCCCAUCGUGGACCCGGACCGCCUGUUGCAGGAUGUGGACAUCAAUCGUCUGCGUGCUGUUGUUUUCCGCGACGUUGAUGACGGUAAGCAGGCUCAGUUCCUGGCUCUGGCUGUGGUCUACUUCAUCUCUGUCUUGAUGGUGUCCAAGUACCGGGACAUCCUGGAGCCGCAGCGGGAGACGGCCAGGGUCAUCAGCCAAUCAGGGAGGAGCAUUCGGCAAGAAAUUAACUCCCCCACCAGCACUGAAAACCCUUUGAUGUUCCCAGACAGCAGUAAGGAUCCCUCUUCUCUGGUGGGGGAGCCGAGCCUUGAGGCAUCCCUGCCCCAUUCGGACUCUGGUCUGGGGGAGGAGCAGAUGUCCAGCGUGCUGAAUGGAGCUGACCUUGAUCCCAGCCCUGGUGGUCCCAAUGGCAUACGAGGGCUCCUUUGCACUCUCUCCUCAGAGGUAAAGUCCCAUGAGAACCUGGCUGAGGCGUCCUCCAUGGAGCUGCUGAAGCCUGCCUCCUCCAUCUCCAGCAUCAGCCAGGGCAACAAGGGCAUCAACGUGAAGGAGAUCCUGAAGAGCCUGGUGGCGGCCCCGCUAGAGGCCACAGAGAGUGGCCCUGAACCCCUGCCCUACCCAGACCACCAGGCCCUCAAAAGGGAGGCCCAGGCCAUGCUGCCUAUGCAGUUCCACUCAUUUGACAGGAGUGUGGUAGUGCAAGCCAAGAAGCCUCCAGCAGGCAGCAUGGCUGUCAACACCGUGGUCAGUUCUGGUUCCUCUAGUGCCCCGGCCUCAGGCAGCACCCCUAACAUCUUCGCUGCAGCUUCGGCUACGCCUAAAAGCAUGAUCAACACCACAGGAGCUGCAGAUCCUCCCUCUUCCUCCUGCUCAUCUUCCUCAAGCUUUGUGAAUGGGGCCACCAGUAAGAACCUGCCUGCGGUGCAGACUGUGGGUCCAAUGCCUGAAGACACCAUGGAGAACAUGAGUAUCACCACUAAGUUGGAGCGUGCCCUGGAGAAGGUGGCCCCGUUACUGAGAGAGAUUUUUGUGGACUUUGCGCCCUUCCUAAGUCGUACUCUGCUGGGUAGCCAUGGACAAGAACUUCUUAUAGAAGGUCUGGUGUGUAUGAAGUCCAGCACAUCUGUUGUAGAGCUAGUCAUGCUUCUUUGCUCUCAGGAAUGGCAGAACUCCAUCCAGAAGAACGCGGGUCUGGCUUUCAUUGAGCUUAUCAACGAAGGAAGACUCCUGUGUCAUGCCAUGAAGGACCACAUUGUGCGUGUGGCAAAUGAAGCUGAGUUUAUCCUGAACCGCCAGCGAGCCGAAGAUGUCCACAAGCAUGCUGAAUUUGAGUCGAACUGUGCGCAGUACGCUGCAGACCGGAGAGAGGAGGAGAAGAUGUGCGAUCACCUCAUCAGCGCCGCAAAACACCGCGACCAUGUCACCGCCAACCAGCUGAAGCAGAAAAUCGUCAACAUCCUCACCAACAAGCAUGGAGCCUGGGGGGCUCUCGCACACAGUCAGCUGCAUGACUUCUGGCGUCUUGACUACUGGGAGGAUGACCUUAGGAGGAGGCGGAGAUUUGUCCGGAACCCCUUUGGCUCCACCCACUUGGACAUCAUGUGCAAACCACUAGAGGACUAUGGCCAAGAGGAAGAGGAUGUUGUGAAGGGGAGGAAGAGUUUCCGCAGCCAGGCCGUGGUCAGCCAGAACUCGGAGGCUGAGCUGAUGCUGGAGGGCGAGGAUGAUGCCGUUAGCCUGCUGCAGGACAAAGACUUGGACAACCUGGCAGGCCCGGUGGUCCUUAGUACCCCUGCCCAGCUGGUGGCCCCUGUGCUGGCGGCCCGGGGGACCCUCUCCAUCACCACCACAGAAAUCUACUUCGAGGUGGACGAGGAAGACCCGGCCUUCAAGCGCCUGGACCCCAGAGUGCUGGCCUAUACUGAAGGACUUCAUGGGAAAUGGAUGUUCAGUGAGAUCCGAGCAGUAUUUGCCCGACGCUACCUGCUCCAGAACACAGCGCUGGAGGUUUUUAUGGCCAACAGAACCUCAGUGAUGUUCAACUUCCCUGAUCAGCCCACAGUGAAGAAAGUGGUCUACAGUUUGCCUCGUGUGGGUGUAGGCACAAGCUAUGGUCUCCCCCAGGCUAGGCGGAUCUCUCUGGCCACGCCACGCCAGCUCUUCAAGUCCUCCAACAUGACCCAGCGCUGGCAGAGACGAGAAAUCUCCAACUUCGAGUACCUGAUGUUCCUCAAUACCAUUGCAGGACGGACAUACAAUGACCUCAACCAGUAUCCUGUCUUCCCCUGGGUCCUCACCAACUAUGAGUCAGAGGAACUGGACCUCACAGUGCCAGGCAACUUCAGGGACUUAUCCAAGCCGAUCGGAGCUCUUAACCCAAAGCGGGCGGUUUUCUAUGCAGAGCGCUAUGAACUGUGGGAUGAAGAGACUCCGCCCUGCCAUUACACCUCUCACUACUCCACUGCAGCCUCCACCCUCCACUGGCUAAUCAGAAUAGAGCCCUUUACCACCUUCUUUCUCAGCACUAAUGGCAACAAGUUUGAUCACGCCAACCAUACCUUCUCCGGUAUCACACGCUCGUGGAGACACUGCCAGCGGGACACCUCAGAUGUGAAGGAGUUAAUCCCAGAGUUCUACUACCUGCCGGAGAUGUUUGUGAACAGCAAUGGUUAUUGUUUGGGGGACAGGGAUGAUGGCACCCCCGUGUGUGAUGUGGAGCUGCCUGCUUGGGCCAAAACACCUGAGGACUUUGUUCGGAUCAAUAGAAUGGCUCUGGAGAGUGAGUUUGUGUCGUGUCAGCUGCACCAGUGGAUUGACCUUAUUUUUGGCUACAAGCAACGCGGGCCCGAGGCCGUGCGUGCCCUCAAUGUCUUUCACCACCUGACCUACGAGGGCUCUGUCAACCUCGACAGCCUCAGCGCUGACCCCCUGCUGCGUGAGGCCAUGGAGGCUCAGAUCCAGACUGUUGGACAGACGCCAUCUCAGUUGCUCAUCGAGCCCCAUCCUCCUCGCAGCUCCGCCAUGCACCUGUGUUUCCUUCCACAGAGUCCCCUCAUGUUUAAGGAGCAGAUGCAGCAGGACGUGAUCAUGGUCCUGAAGUUUCCCUCCAACUCCCCGGUUACUCAUGUGGCCGCCAACACGCUGCCCCACCUAGCCCUUCCAGCCGUCGUCACAGUUACUUGCAGCCGGCUCUUUGCCGUCAACCGCUGGCACAACACAGUGGGUCUAAGAGGAGCUCCAGGAUACUCAUUAGAACAAGCCCAUCAUCUGCCUAUUGAAAUGGACUCUCUGAUUGCCAACAAUGCAGGGACAAACAAGAGGCAGAUCACAGACCUGGUGGAUCAGAGCAUCCAGAUUAACUCACAAUGUUUUGUGGUAACAGCAGACAACCGUUACAUUCUGGUCUGUGGCUUCUGGGACAAGAGUUUUCGCGUCUACUCCUCAGAAACUGGCAAGUUGACCCAAAUUGUGUUUGGCCACUGGGAUGUGGUCACAUGUUUGGCGCGUUCUGAGUCAUACAUCGGGGGCGACUGCUACAUUGUGUCUGGAUCUAGAGAUGCUACAUUACUGCUGUGGUACUGGAGUGGACGACACCACAUUAUAGGAGACAACCCAAACAACAGUGAUUACCCAGCACCCCGUGCGGUUCUGACAGGCCAUGACUAUGAGGUAGUAUGUGUGUCGGUGUGUGCUGAGCUUGGUCUUGUCAUCAGUGGAGCUAAAGAGGGCCCAUGUCUGGUCCACACAAUCACUGGAGACCUCCUUCGUGCUCUGGAGGGGCUGGACAACUGCACUCUUCCUCGCCUCAUCUCCGUGUCCAGCGAGGGCCACUGCAUCAUCUGCUACGAGAGGGGCCAAUUCUGCAACUUCAGCAUCAACGGCAAACUGCUUGCCCAGAUGGAGAUAAACGACUCCACACGUGCUAUCCUCCUGAGCAGUGAUGGUCAGACGCUGGUGAGCGGAGGGGAUAAUGGAGUGGUGGAGGUGUGGCAGGCCUGUGAUUUCAAGCAGCUGUAUAUCUACCCUGGCUGUGACGCUGGCAUUCGGGCCAUGGACCUGUCACAUGAUCAAAGGACUUUGAUCACUGGUAUGGCGUCUGGUAGCAUUGUAGCAUUCAACAUUGACUUCAACCGCUGGCAUUUCGAGCAUCAGAACAGGUACUGAGUGCCCUCAGUAGACAACAGGCUGUCCUAGCGAUGGACCCUCCAAUACAGGAGCCAACAGAACUACCAGCAGCACCUCCAAGCUGAACAUAUCGAAGAAGGGGCCGGGGAGAUGGACCUUGGAGGGACCUUUACAUUUUCCAGCAUUUCCUUGAGAAUGGAACAUCUUUAUGUACAAACCCUUUGUGCUCUGGCAUGUCCCAGUCUUCUACAGUACUGUAUUAAGACACUGUAUGCUGAUACAGCUAAUAAUGCUGUAUUAUUGUACUAAGACAAUGUCAGCCUAGUCCUGAAAAGGUAUGUAAACAUUAAACAUAAAACCAUGACCCAGAAACCCUUUUACAAAAGCAGUUUUAUUUGCGUUUUGUCCAAGCCAACAAUAAGCUGAUGCAUACCCGUCAUUUUUGAUUAACGCAUAAUUUAAACUGUGAAAAUAUUCUGCACAGAGAAAAAAAAGCUAAGUGUUUCUAGUGUACAUUUGUACAUGCUAGCAGCAUAUCACCUUCUUGAGAAUUAUUUUCAGGGUAAUAAUGGUUGAUGUAAAUACUGAUAACAAAAAUAUAUUACUUGAAAAAGGUAAGCAUACUGAAUAAAGUCUCUAAAAUAUGUUUGUUAAACUCAUAAAACUGUCUGUGAGGGCAAGGAAACUGUCUGUCUACUAGUGUUUCAUGAUUUUAUCAAAUCGCUUUUAAUGUGUUGUGAAAAAAAAUAAGCCCCCGUGUUUCCUGUAAAAUGUACUGUAAGCCAUUUCUCUCUUUAAUUCAUAGUGACUUCAUUGUAAACUUUUAUUCAAAAGCAAUGUUCUGAAAUGUGAGUUAUCUGCAUCUUUUGCACCCCCCCGCCUCAUUUUUAAUAUACUAUCCAUGCAGGUAUUAAGGAAUGUAAUAACGAGCCCUUAUCUAAUGAUCUGUAAGAUAUGAAUAUAAUCAUUGCCCACUUUGCACCCUCUCAAUGCAUUUCAACCCUGCUUUUACAAAUUUUCUCUUUAGUCUGGAGUAGGGAUGCAAAUUAUUUUGAUUGAUAACCAACUGUCAUUGGUCACUGAUUAAUGGUCGACCUGGCAAGCUUAAAAUCAAGGACGCGACCCAUCAAGUUGAAAAUGGAUAGUUCCUCUUCUGAAAUCUGAUUUGGACGAUUUUGGCAUUUGAAGCCAUUGUAAAAUACUUCUGAGCACACACAUCAACUGAAUUAUGUAUUAAUGCUGUGAGAUGUUUCUUUAUGGACUGUAGAAAGUACUGAUAGAAGGGGUCAGGCAGCAGCUUGCAUUCAUAAAGGUUUCUUUUGUAGGGUGUUGUUGUUGGUUUUUUUUUUUUUUUUUUUUU